CUGUGCCUCUGGCGACCUGACGCGCCUGUUCAACUACCAGCGGAGACGCAGCGCGGUUGUUGUACAUUGGGCCACAGUCAGAAGAAGUGCGGCAGAAACUUGUCACCAUGAAGAGGAUUGUUGUUUUCAUAUUUAUGGCCUUCUGCGCUGCUUCAGCGCUGUCAAAACCUCCUGGAACCGUGGCCCCUGCAAGUAUGUUUGACCACUCUACAACCUCCACCAUAACUACAACCUCCACCACCAAGUCCACCACGACUACAACCUCCACCACCAAGUCCACUGCGACUACAACCUCCACCACCAAGUCCACUGCGACUACAACCUCCACCACCAAGUCCACCCCGACUACAACCUCCACCACCAAGUCCACCCCGACUACAACCUCCACCACAAAGUCCACCCCGACUACAACCUCCACCACAAAGUCCACCCCGACUACAACCUCCACCACCAAGUCCACCCCGACUACAACCUCCACCACCAAGACUACCCCGACUACCCAGCCUCCUCCUAAACCUACUCCCCACACCAAUUUGACUGUAGGAAACUACACUUUGAUGACAGACAAAAAAGUGAUUUGCCUGAUGGCUCAUAUGGCUCUACAGAUUCGACUGACAACCACAAAGGCCAAUGAAACUUUCAUUGUUCAGCCAGAUAAGACCACAACAGAAGGAGGUUGUCAGGAAACCACGGCCAACCUUACCAUCGUUUUUAAGGAGGGCUUUAUAAACUUCAUGUUCAACAAGAGCAUUGCUGAUAAUAUGGUCUACGUUGACGCUCUGUCUUUCAGACUCACCUACCCCUUGAGCAAAGGAGCAGGUAAUGGCGACUACACUGCCAGCAACAAGUCAGUGCGUCUCUUCACCACAAGGAUCGGACACUCCUACUCCUGCAAGCAUGAGUCACUCUACAUGGGGAAUGGACUGUACCUGGAUGUCAAUCAAGACAGGAUGCAAGCUUUUAAUCUGACCAAGAGCAACGACUUUGGCUCACCUGACGUCUGUGCUGCUGACAAGCCUGACUACCGUGUUGCUAUUGCAGUAGGAGUGACACUUCUGGUGCUCAUUAUCAUUGUGGUGAUAGCCUACCUACUGGGCCGCAGGAAGAGAACUGAUGGCUACCAGUCUCUGUGAGGGAGCCUGUACAAAGGUCAAUCAGAUGUCACUCCCAUUAUACACCAAAGUCAGAGAUGCCCUCAUCUCUCAGGGGCUGAAGGGCACUUCCAUCAAAGCUUGACUCACAAGUUCUGUCCUUUGGCCCAUGGUUUACCUAAUUUACUGUAUUAACAGUAUUUUACCCAGAAGCCCCAUGUAUGGAGAGUGGAGCAUGCCACAGUAAUAUAUAUAUAUAAUAUACAUCUUGAAAAUGUUUGAUCAGAAUAAAUUAAUAAAAAGAUCAGUUUUCAGUAUUAUUAACUGAUUAAUCAAAUUAGCAUUGAUAAUUUUGUUUGUUGAUUACUCCUUCUUUUCUGUCUUCAAAUUAAAAAAAAAACAGAAUUUUAAAGUACACACAGUCACAACAUAUGAUACGCAGGCAUUUAAGCAAAUUGGGGAAUAAAGUAAAAACUUUAAAGUUUCUGAUUAAAGAUUAAAUUUAAUUUGAACAUUUUAACAAUUAUCAAUUAAUAAUUCAUUAUAUUAAAAAAAAAACAAAGAAAUGGGAUUAGGUAUUGUCACAUUUAUUAAUUUGUUUUAAUGUGUAAUAAUGCAGCAUUCAAAUGCAAAUUUAAUCAAUCAAUUUAUUAUUAUUAGCUUAACAAUAUUAUUAUUAUUGGCAUACUCUAGACUCCAUACAUAUGGGAUUGGAAAAGCUGAUACCAUUCAAGAACAUUUAAUAUGCCAGUGGCAAGUCUUUUUAAUGAGAAAAUUACACAAAGUUACAAGAGUUUCACCCAAGAAUUGUAUUCAGAGUGGAUAAACUUUCAUAAUAGCAUUUUUAUACCCGGACACUAACAAUUAUUACUACUAUUAACACAGCUAUUCAUACUGACAUCGUCAUAGAUAUAACUGACCCAAAUUUCUCAUUAGAAUAAGUUCAGUUGAUUCCCCCCACAGACAUCCAGUGUAUAGGUGUCAGCACUGAGAUAAUGAUGUAACUUUGUGUUACAUUUUUGACAAGAUUGGCUCCCUUGAUCAGUUAAACCACACAUUAAACUUUCAUUGAACAGCAGAACUGUGAAUUAAAAUAAAAUGAAGUCAGCUUUUACCACCUGUUCAUUCCAAAUGAUUCAGUAUACAACUUGUCUCAGCAAAUACAUUAUAUCCUUCAUUUGAAGUUUUCUUUUUUGAUUUUGGCAUUAUGUUUUUGAAUGUUUUGUUAUUCCUCCAUUUCUUAUUGAAUCAAAUCUUGCAUAUUAUGUCAUCAGGGAUUGUUAAAGAAAGGGAAGUUAACCAAUUGCUAACUUUACAGGUGAUACUGAGUGUGUUUGCAUUAUUAAUCAGCACAAAGGGAAAAUUACAGCGAUGUUUGUCAGGGAUUAUUUCUUCCUGGUCAACAGUAACUGCACUGAUUGCUGUCCCAUUUGAUUUCUUUUGUCUUUCUCAUACUAUGUGCAGUUGCUGCUGUGUUUUCAUAUAUUUUCACUUGCAGAGAUGGAACAUGAUAAGAUUUGUAAUGGGUCAUAUAUUCAUCACAUCUCAGGAGUCCAUCUCUUCUCCCCCCAUGAAAUAUGGCGACACAGUGCAUGAAAUAAAACAAGGGAAAAAAAUUAUGCUGCUGGGACAACAGUCCCACCACUGUGUCUAUUUAGCAACUGUUCUGGAGUUUUUGAUCAAAUCACAUCGUCUCAUCAGCUGAUGCUUUUUCUAAAAGCCAGAGUCUUAAAGUGCUCAGAAAAAGUGCAGCCUGCAGAUGGUGGUCCUGUGAUAUGAUUGAAAGCUACAGUAUAGCUACUAAAUGAAGCAUGUAGUGAGAUUGUUUUCUCAAUUGCUGUUCAAGAGUACAGUAGAUGUACAGUUGGACAUUUUGAAUUCAGCUGAUGAAGGAUCAGGCCUGUUGCUAACAGCUGCAGUUCCAGAUUUCGUCCAUUAGGUGAUGAUGCUGUGAAGUUUGGGAGUAAACAGAUUAUCCACGGUGUGUGAGCCCUUUUACCUGUUGUUAAAUUCUGAUGCCAAUAAAGUCUGAUAUAUUUCUA